CCGGGGGUGGGAAGGAGGGGUGCCAAGGGCUGAAGCAUGGCAGCAGCUGCCCGGGAAGAGGCUGGGCCAGGCAGGGGUCAAUGUGGAUGGCCUCGAGGGUUCUGAAAGCAGUCUUGUUGGUGGUAGUUGUCAGUUACUCUGUUUACGCCCCUUCGGUGCUCCAAAGACUCCCUAUAAAAUCUUGCUAAACAGCCCAGCCCCAUCGCAGCUGGGCUGGGGCAAACUGAGGGAAAGUUCUGUGUUCAGGGUUGGGUCAGAGGGCGUAAAGAAACAGGGCGUUGGACAUCAGGGGUGUGAUGACACCAGGCAGACCCCGGAGGGAAAGGGGAGUCUCAGAGGCAAGACUGACACGGCCCUCCCAUGGUGAGAACCUCUCCCCUGCUACCUACCUUGCAGAAUCAAGUACUGGUGACCUGGGAAAUGGAGGUCCCGGGGGCGGCAGGAGACUGAGUUUGCCAUUCACACUGUGACUGUAGGGAUGGUGCCUUGAGCCACGGAGCCAGACCCACACCCACAGAAGGCCCUUGGGCGCGGUUCACUGCAUGCCAGCCCAGCCAGGAAAGGGAGGACUCCUCACACCCCGGGCUCUCCGCGCAGGAAAAGGAACACAGGCUCCUGUCUCACCCAAGGCUUCCAGAACCUCUGAGACAGGAGGCCACCAGCUCCACCUCAUGCGUGGGGGACCUUGCUAGCGAUGGCCCUCCUCCUCGGCUUCCUGCUGCUGCUGCUGGAGCUCUGCGGGAAUACCCUCUCCCUGGGAUCACGGUCAUCUACAGAGGGUACGGAGGUCUUGGAAUUGCAAUUGCCUGCCACGAACUAUGAGACCAAAGACUCCUACAAAGCUGGGCCCAUUGGCGGUCUCUUUCAAAUCGUGCACAUCUUCCUCCGCGUGGUGCAGCCCAAUGAUUUCCCCGAAGAUAUUUUAAGAAAAAUUCUACAGAAGAAGUUUGACCUCUCAACUGAUUAUGAGAAGCCAGAAAAUGUAGUCUUGACCCUGAAGAUUAUCUACUAUGAAAUCGGGGUCAUCAUCUGUGCUGUCCUGGGACUGCUCUUUGUCAUUCUGAUGCCCCUGGUAGGGUGCUGCUUCGGUCUGUGUCGUUGCUGUAACAAGUGCGGUGGAGAGAUGCACCAGCGUCAGAAGAAGAAUGGGCCCUUCCUGAGGAAGUGCUUUGCGGUCUCCCUCUUGGUGAUUUCUAUAUUUAUAAGCAUUGGUAUCAUCUAUGGUUUUGUGGCAAACCACCACCUGAGGGCCCAGAUCGAAAAGACUCGGAAACUGGCAGACAGCAACUUCAGAGACUUGAGAACUCUCCUGAACGGAGCUCCAGCGGAAAUCAGCUAUAUCCUGAGCCAGUACACCACCACUAAGGAAAAGGCAUUCUCAGAUCUGGAUAAUGUUAAAUCAUUGCUAGGAGGCGGAAUUCACGAACAGCUGAGACCUAAAGUGAUCCCCGCGCUUGAUGACAUCAAAGCCAUGGCAGAAGCAAUCAAAGAGACCAAAGAAGCCCUAUUGAAUGUGAACAAUACCUUAAAGGAGCUGAAAAAGUCAAGCGCACAACUGAACACCAGCCUCAGUGACGUUAAAAGGGACCUGGAACAAUCACUCAAUGACCCCAUGUGCUCUGCACCUCCAGUGGCUACCACUUGCAACAACAUCAGAACGUCUCUAAGCCAGCUGGAUGACAAUACCAACAUGGAUCAGCUCCCAUCUUUGGAUAAGCCAAUUGAUAAGAUUAAUGAUAUUCUUCAAACAAAUUUGUCCAGCCUGGUUCAACAGGGCUAUAAAUCCUUUAAUGAUAUUCCUGAGAUGGUGGAAAAUCAAACCACAGACAUCAUAUCAGAUGUCAAAAGUACCUUGAAUUCCAUUGGUUCAGAUAUUGAAAGUAUAGGCGAACAGAUUCCUAUUCAGGAUCAGCUAUCGAAUUUCAUGGGUUACAUUAAUGACACUGAAACUUACAUCCGCCGCAAUUUACCCACGUUGGAAGAGUAUGAUUCGUACAGGUGGCUGGGUGGCCUGGUUGUCUGCUGUUUGCUGACACUCGUCGUGAUUUUUUAUUACCUGGGCUUGCUGUGUGGCACGUGUGGCUAUGACCGGAAUGCCACCCCGACCAGACGAGGCUGCGUCUCAAACACCGGAGGCAUCUUCCUCAUGGUUGGGGCUGGAGUCAGCUUCCUGAUUUGUUGGAUAUUGAUGACCAUCGUGGUUCUCACUUUUGUCGUUGGUGCAAACGUGGAAAAACUGCUCUGUGAGCCUUACCAAAACAGGAAGUUAUUCCAGGUUUUGGACACACCAUAUUUACUAAAUGAGAAUUGGAAACACUAUCUCUCUGGCAUGGUAUUUAACAAACCGGAUAUUAAUCUCACUUUUGAACAAGUUUACAGUGAUUGCAAAGAAAAUAAAGGCAUUUAUGGCACACUUAAGCUAGAGAAUAGCUAUAAUAUCAGUGAACAUCUCAAUAUUCAGGAGCAUGCUGGAAACAUAAGCAAUGACUUUCAAAAUAUGAAAGUAAAUAUUGACAAUAUCGUUCUGCUGGAUGAAGCAGGAAGAAAAAACCUUAUGGAUUUCAGCUUUUCGGGAAUAGACGCCAUAAAUUAUAACAUCUACUUGGCUGAGCUGAGUAAAGCCCCCACCAAAGGGAACCUUUUAUCCUUUGCAGAUGAUCUAGAAGUAAAAGCCAACCAUCUGCCCCACGGAAGUCUGAAACAGUCCCUGAAAAACAAUGCACAGACAAUUAGGACGAUUCACCGUAGCGAAGUCAUCCCUUUGGAACAGUCAAUGAAAUAUGGGAAGGCAAGGAGCUCUGUAUACCAAAGCAUCAAGGAACUUCAACAAAAAAGCAGCGGAUUGGGGAUGAAAGUGACCAAUACCCUUUCCUCUUUGGAUUCCGCUCAGGACUUCCUCACAACCCGUAUUUCCUCAGUUAUUGUUGAAGAAAGUCAGAAGUAUGGGAACACGAUAGUAGGAUACUUUGAACGCUAUCUGCAGUGGGUCAAAAUCUCAAUUACUGAGAAAAUUGCAGCCUGCAAACCCGUGGCCACCGCUUUAGACUCUGCUGUUGACGUCUUUCUGUGCAGCUACAUUAUCGACCCCAUGAAUUUAUUUUGGUUCGGCAUAGGAAAAGCCACCGUAUUUCUACUUCCGGCUCUCAUUUUUGCUGUAAAGCUGGCCAAGCACUAUCGUCGAAUGGAUUCAGAGGAUGUGUAUGAGGAGUUCCCGCCAAGCUGAAGCCAUGAGGUUCCACAGCCUCACCCUGCUUUCCUUCCUCCUCCUGGUUGCUCAGGCACACUUAGUGGAAGGCCAACAGGAAUUAUGGAAAAGGCAAAGCAGCACUGAAGCCAAGGAUGAAUGGAUCCCUCUGGGUAAGCCUCAAAUUGUGCAGAGAAGAUGGCCAGAAAGGCACGUGGUCAGGGGCGUAAUUGUUACUCGAGACCAAGCCACAUGUUAUUUGACUGUGGCUGAUCAGAAGGAAGGCAUCGCCCUGAUGGUGGAGUGCACCCGACUGGACCACAGGUUUUCUUGUGUCUUUGCUGGCAACCCAACCUCCUGCAUAUCAUGUUUUAGAAAUGACAUAAUCUACUGGAGGCAAAUUGUCCAGAAUUUACGCUGGCAAAACAACAUCUGUGAGGACUCCAAGAUGGUCCUGAGGACCAGGGUGUGCAGUUGGAGGUUUCCAGAAUCCAAUCUGAAGCUGGUGUACUCCUCUCUGAUCCACGAUCCCAGCUAUUCUAAAGUGGAGGGCAACCCCUGGUGUCGUAUCUUUGUCAGAGGAGACACUGAUGCAAGCUCCAAAGAUGUCAAACACUACCAUCCCAUGCAACGGACCCAAACCAUACCUCCUUUCCCUACCAAGGUGAUCCACGUCCCACAGACCACUCCCACAGUGCCCAUUGUUAAUGAAGAAACCACCACCCCUGAGGAUUUGGUUGAGGAAGAGACCACCACUA